AUGCCGAAUAUCAACCGGAAUCUAAACAAAGAGCACGACGUCAUCAGAAGCGGUUCCUCUAAUCGGUAUGCAAAGUCGAAUUUAAAUAUUAUAUAAUUCAAACAUUUGUUAUUUUUUCGUGUUUGUAUUUUACCCUACCCUACCUUUACUAUAAGGCUUUUUAGAUAUCUCAUGUACAAAGUAAAUGGCAGUAUUGAUAAUGGCACCAAGGUGGCUGAUGCCGAGUUCUACAAAAGUUAUGCCGGCAGCUUCUACUCGAGUGAUAAGAAGGAACGAUGGAAACGUGAGUGAUGGCUGGGUUGGUAAAGUAUAAUAUACAGUUGUUCAAAAAAUAAUGAGCUACGUCAGUUGUUAAAAAAAUAAUGAGCUAUGACACAUGUUCAUAUAAUAAUAAGCUAUGAAACAUGUUCAAAAAAGAAUAAGCUAUAUAUGUCUAAAAAAUAAUAAACUGUGAGACAUGUUCAAAAAAGAAUGAGCUAUGACAAUUGUACAAAAAAGAAUGAGCUAUGAUCAAUUUUCAAAAAGUAAUGAGCUAUAACACGUGUUCAAAAAAGAAUGAGCUACGAAAUAUGUUUAAAAAGUAAUGAGCUAUAACACGUGUUCAAAAAAGAAUGAGGUCAUAUAACAUUGUAAUUUAUGAUUUUUUAAACUUUUUUCACAAUUUGUUACCUAAAUUUUUUUAAAUAGUAUGUUUUUAAUUUUUUUGAAAUGUAUAAUAGUUUAGUAGCUCAUUAUUUUUUGAACAACCAGACACAAAAUUUCAAAAAAAAUUUUUUUAAUUUUUUAAAAAUAUGACAGUUUUUAAAUUCAGAACGCUUUCGAAAUGUAUUGAACUGGAUUUUCAACGACUGGGUCAUAGUUAUCAUGUUAGGCUGUGGAAUGGCAUUUUGUUCGAUUCUACUUGACAGAACAGUAGCUUUGUUUUCUAAUGGUAAGCCUAAUAUUUUUUUCUCAAGCUAUGACUAAGGCUAAGGCUAAGACUAAGGAUAAGGCUAAGGCUAAGGCUAAGGCUAAGGCUAAGGCUAAGGCUAAGGCUAAAACUAAGGCUAAGGCUAAGGCCAAGGCUAAGGCUAAGACUAAAGCCAAGGCUAAGGCUAAGUUUUACUUAUAGUGUUCUUCAGGUCACACAGCAUUAAUGUUAGCAAUAUCCGAAUACGACGACCUCAUAGCUCAAAUCUUCUCGAUAUUUUGUUGGGUGUUAUACAUAGUGGCACUAGUAACAUGCUCAGCCUCAGUGGCACAUUAUAUGGCACCACAAGCAAUUGGAUCUGGUAUACCGGAAAUGAAGACCAUCUUACGAGGAGUGGUACUACAAGAAUAUCUGGCGUUUAGGACAAUGAUUUCUAAAAUCAUCGGUUUAACAUUGGCACUGGCUUCUGGAAUUCCUAUAGGGAAAGAAGGUAAGCCCAGCCUAGAGCUCCAGCCGUAGCCCAGAGCCCUGGCCAGAGCCCUGGCCAGAGCCCUGGCCAGAGCCCUAACCCAGAGCCCUAUCCCAGAGCCCUAGUCCAGAGUCUUAACCUAGAGCCCUAGCCCAGAGCCCUAGCCCAGAGCCCUAGCCCAGAGCACUAGCCCAGAGCCCUAGCCCACAAUCUUAACCUAGAGCCCUAGCCCAGAGCCCUAGCCCAGAGCCCUAGCCUAGAGCCCUAGUCCAGAGUCUUAGCCUAGAGCCCUAGCCCAGAGCCCUAGCCCAGAGCCCUAGCCCAGAGCCCUAGCCCCAAAGCCCUAGCCUCAACCCUGGCUAAAAAACUUAUUUUAGGACCAUUCGUUCACAUAGCAUCAAUUAUGGCCAAUAUACUAGGCCAACUCGUGCAAAGCAUCGACCCGAUAUAUACGAAUGAAAGUAGACAUACUGAACUGCUAGCCGCUGGAUGUGCAGUUGGUGUGGCGUGUGUGUUUUCCGCUCCUGUGGGAGGUGGGUUCUAGUUUAACUUUUUAGGUUGAACGCAUUUUUAGUAUCGUACUAUAUAGUACAAAUAUUAAAAAAUUAAACUCAUUUUUUGUAUCGUACUACUUAGUACAGUAUGGUACUAUAUAGUUCUGUAUCGUCCUACUUAGUACAGUAUGGCACUAUAUAGUACUGUAUCGUCCUACUUAGUACAGUAUAGUACUAUAUAGUACUGUAUCGUCCUACUUAGUACAGUAUGGCACUAUAUAGUACUGUAUCGUCCUACUUAGUACAGUAUGGCACUAUAUAGUACUGUAUCGUCCUACUUAGUACAGUAUAGUACUAUAUAGUACUGUAUCGUCCUACUUAUUACAGUAUAGUACUAUAUAGUACUGUAUCAUACUAUAAAAUACUAAUUAUAAAAAUUAAAUUUAAAAAAAUAUUUACAACACACUAGUACUUCCAGGCGUACUAUUUUCAAUUGAAGUAACUAGUGCCUACUUUGCUAUUCGAAACUAUUGGCGAGGAUUCUUGGCCGCUGCCUGCGCCGCAUCGGUGUUUAGACUAAUGAAAGUUCUUUUUCAUCCUGAAGGUAAAGAGUGAAAAUCUAUUGAAGGCUUUAAGGCUAUUGGUGCAACUGCCUUCUUAGAGUUGCUAGGGUUAGGGUAUGGUAACUAUUUUAUAAGGAUAAGUUUAGGUAAGAUUAGGUUAUUAAAACCCUAGGAGUAUUUAGCUUAAUUCCUCUGUAAACGCAUCUUUUCAGAAAACCUAGUAGCAAUAUACCAGACCUACUUUCCUCAAGAAGCAUUCGUCUCCGAAGAGCUGGUCAUCUUUGCAAUUCUAGGGUAAGAUACGGCUAUUUAGUUACUCUUUCUAUCUUGUAAAUUUUAAUCUUUAGCAUUUUAGGAUAAUUUGCGGUAUCACUUCAGCAUUGUUCAUUCUACUUCAUAGAAACCUAGUUCUGCUAUUACGAAACAACAAAUAUUUGGUCAACAUAUUUCGAAUACAGUAAGUUAUUAUACAGUAAGUAGAACACUUCAAUAUUUUGUUUCAAAUCAUGCUAUAAGUUUAAAAAUGUCUUAACAAUGUGAUUUUACAGUUGGCUAACCUAUCCUAUCGUGGCGUCAUUUUUGAUUGCCGUAGUAACAUAUCCUAAGUGGUCUGGAGCUUAUUUGGGUGGAUUUGUAAGUUACUUUUUAUAGCGCUAGCCUCCGCCUAUUUCUAAGCGCUAGCCUCAGCCCUAGCCUCAGUCCUAGCCUCAGCCCUAGCCUCAGCCCUAGCCUCAGCCCUAGCAUCAGCCCUAGCCUUAGUCCUUGUCCUAUUUAUUAGACUCUACCUAGUCCGACCUACGCCUUAAACUAGUUAUAGCCGCAACCUUACUCAUAACAUGACCUAACCAUAUUUACACCUUAACGCAGUCGUAACUGUAGUCUUAUCCGCGCCUUAACCUAGCUGUAGCUCUAUCCAUAGCCCUGUUGAUGGGUUUACCUGACCCUAUUUACACCUUAACUUAGGCUUAGUCUUAGCUGUAUUCUUGAACAUGUUUACUAAGUUAAUAUUUAGAUAAGAUUCAGUGAAUCUCCACAAUAUUUGUUUUUAAAUUGCACUUGGAAUGCAAAUUACAACAGUUCUGAUUUUUGUCCAAACCUGCGAGAUUGGCUUGGAAAGCACUAUGAGCGGGAUGUUUUUGAAGUCAUGUGGAUAUUUCUGGCUGGAUGUGUAAGAUUUUUUAAAUACCUUUUAGCAAACACAUUCUUAAAACAUAUAUAAUCUUAGAGAAGUUAAAAUCUUAAGCCCAACCUUGCUUUCAUAUCAAAAAUGAACUUUUAGUACUUCCUAACAAUAUUAUCUUUAACCCUUCCAAUUCCAUGUGGAGUGUUCGGCCCUUCAUUCACAAUAGGUGCUGCAAUCGGGCGAUUAUUGGGUGAAUAUACUGCUGUAGCUUACCCACGAGGUUUUGGAAGCUUAGGGACACAUAUUUAUCCUGGUGGUUAUGCUGUUGUUGGUAUGUUGUAAAAUACGUAGAUGAACAACAAGUUGGGAAAAUGAACUUUGGAGCAAUGAUUGUUACUAUUUCAGGAGCAGCUGCGUUUUCCGGUGGAGUUACUCAUACUUUAUCAGUAGCUGUAAUUGCAUUUGAACUUACUGGUCAAUUAGUUUUUAUAUUGCCUGUUAUGGUAGGUUUCACAAACCCUACCCUACCCUAUCCUAUCUCAAGUUCUACCAUACAAACCCAACCCCUUACCUACCCUAAGCCCUACCAUAUGUUAGACUUUACUAUAACUUAAGCCAUGCCGUAUAUUAAGCUCUACCGUACCUUGUCGCCCACCGUAAUUCAAGCCCUGUCAUACCCUAAAACCUGACUCUAUAUUAUGCCCUACCGUAUUCUAGACCUCCUUGUCUUCAACCCUACCCUACCGUACCAUACCUUUCAUUAUUCUAACUACCCUCUCUACUUUAUCCACAACUUCAAUAUCAUUCCAGAUUGCCUCCCUGAUCUCAAAUGCAAUAUGCUCAAACCUUCAACCCUCAUUUUAUGAUUCUGUUAUUCUAAUCAAGAACUUGCCAUACUUACCAGACAUACCAUCCUCUUCCAAAUACCACAGUAUUUUGGCACGACAAUUUAUGACAAAUAUUGAAAACGUGUGGUAUUUAUGCCAAGACACUACCUAUAAGACAAUUCAGAACAUACUGUUUGACGAGGCUGAAGUCAAGGUGUUUCCAGUGAUUGAGAGUGAAGGCAACAAGGUUUUGAUAGGAUCAUGCUCAAGAGUGAAGCUUCUGAAAGCAUUGGAAGCUACGGUAGGGGCAACGGCUAGAAAAGCUAAAGCUGCUAGGCAAAUCGCGGAGAAUAUUAAUGUAAGUACAGCGGAAAGAGACUCUGUAUAAUGAAUUUCUUGAGGAUUUUUAGACCAUAAACCGCCGGUUUAAGCCAGUCCAUGCUCAACGGAAUAGCAUCGUACUGGACAACGAAGAUAUUCUACAUACGAAGCAUGUUGAGUUUAAGUUGAGUAACGAUGAUUCAAUCAACUUCUACUAUGAAGACUGUCCGAAAACGUUGACUCAACCUCCUUCACGGUUUUCUAUUACACCUGUAGAUGUGCCACCUUUAACAAAAGUUAUUAAACCAGAGGUCGGUGGUCAAAAAAAUCAUGGUAUUAAGAAGUCGGUUGAACAUCUCCUGCCAUUAGGUGUUGGGGGUAAGUUUAUUACUGCAUCAUAUCCUAUCUCACCCUAGAUUACCCUACCCUAACCUACCCUACGCUACUCUAUUCUAUCUUUUCCUACCCUGUUCUAUUCCUUGCCUACCGUACUCUAGCCGCACCGUAAGAUCUUCAGACAUUUUCUGCAUUAUCUAACCAAAGCCCUACUGAACCCUACCCUGCUCAUUCCUAUUAGCUGUCCACUCCUCUCUAACCCCCACCGUAUCGUAGGCCGUACCGUAUCCUAGGCUCGCAAUAUUCUACCGUACCCAAUCCACAAUUUACCCUUUCUGCCGUACCCUAUCGUAUCGUAUUCUAUUCUGUACGCACCCUAGUUCUUACCGCACUUUAAGCCCUACUGUGUUUUAAGUCUUACUGUAAUCUAAUCACUUCUAUAACCUACACGCCACCCCUACGUAUUAUUAUCUAAAACUGCACUUUCCAGACCUCUUCCGCACAAUAACUCAAGUAUCUUUUUCAAAACAAAGGAAGACAUUUGACUUGAAUGGCUACGAUCUUCACGGUAAAGAACGAAGAGAAUGGGAGCACAAGCAACUAGCCCAGAAAGUGGAUUGGACUAAAAUUGGAAUUGACCCAGCACCUUUUCAACUAGUCGACGAUACAAGCCUAAUCAAAGUUCAUUUUCUGUUUUCGUUGUUGGGUUUGACCAGAAGUUACGUUACACAUGAGGGAAAGUUGGUUGGAAUUAUUGCUUUGAGAGAUGUGAGUUCAGGAUACAGUUUUUUAUACAGUAACUCUUUUACAACGAAUCGUCCUGGGAGUCACAAUUUGUUCGUUAUGAAGCUCAGUCCGGCCAAGACGGGACCGAACCGGAGCAUACAAAAACAGAGCCGGGACGGCAGUACAUUAUCCUUACGUUUUACAGUUAAUAUCUUCUAGAUCCGAGCAGCAGUCGAAAAAGUGCAAAACGGUCGAUUGACCUCAACCACUUCAAACAUAUAUGUGAACGAUGACAUUACCAAAAACGGCAAACCGACCAUUUUUUCAAGGAUUCGUAACUCAGUCAGCGGAGCCCUAUGGUUAAAUGAAACCAAAGUCGAUAACAAACUAAAUCCAUUAGAUUUGGAAAACAAAUUUUUUGAUUUGAGUACAAUCUCCAAUGUAAGAAAAAAAUUAUCAGCCGUUUCCGAAUGUAGCAGCGGUAUAUCGGGUGAUUUACGGUGUAACAAAAGUGUUUUGAAUUCAUCGUCAGACCCAUGUUUAGCUGCGGAGCCUAAUAGGAUAUGGAAUGAAAAAUGUAAGGAAUUUGAAGCUUUUUCGAAAAAAAUUGUCGUAUAUAGACUUAGCGUCCCUAAGCCCAGUUCAAUCUUACUCCAUCCAGCCUACUCUACCCAUUUCCAGCCCAACACCGCUUCCAAACUGGGACAGGCCGGAUUGUGCAGGCCCGGAACUCAGAUCACAAUCCAAAACCCUAAAAGCCCAACCUAGGCCCCGCAACGAAAGUUUUAUAAGAAAAUAAAAAAGGGGCCGGGUCGAGUAGAGCAGAGCCAAAGUAAAUUGAAAGAAAUUGGGCCAAGCCAAAAAAUUAGGCCCGGCCUCUUUACAAUGUCUAGCUAUUUACAUUGGAACUCAUGUAUAACAAAUUGCUCGAGGAUCUCUAAAUUGUUUGUUAUAUAAAAAUAUUGAUGUUUUACAUGCACCGCGCUACGACAUUCAGAAACUUAAAAUUUAUUUUAUAGGUACACGAGCUCGUGCAAAGUCAUGCAACUACGAAAACUUGCCAAACCAUCAAAAUGGUUAAUUGUUACGAAUUUAAACUGUAAUAAACUCGUUAUAUUUAAAUUUUAUUUUUUAUUAAACUAAUUUUUUAAUGUAUUUAUUCUCUUUUUCAAAGCAAGAUAUAUAUAGACGUGAGGGGGGAUGAUGAGGGUGUGGUGAAGACCGUCAGCGCAAUCCGUUGUAGCUGUUCCCAAUUGGGCCUCAUCCAGAUGAUCCUGUUUCUCGAGCUACCGAGUCGUGAUGAGGUGCUCCUCAAGACUUCAGGCCGUAGUCGGAGCCUGUGUAGGCCAAGCAACCGAUUUGCCAUAGUCCCCGUGCACUUAGCACUAGCCAUUCAUUUGUAAAUCACAAAUGCGCCUGGGUCGGGCGGAGCGGUCGGUCAAACCGGAGUCCGGUGGUUUAUUAGUCGGCGCCACAACCGACUGAGCCACAACCGCUCAUUUUUUAUAUUAGAAACAUAUACUUACAUAAAUGCAAAAAUCAUAUAAUAUACGCAAGCUAGAUAGCGAAGUAUGCCCGAGCUACACAGUAGUAUUAUGAAUUUGUCUAACGGUAAAUGAAGUAGAAUUAAAUAUUGUUUUUUUCCGAAGCUCCGUUAUGUACUUUCGAUAUGGUUUGAUGAACCACAUUGUAGACAAAGCAUUCAGCACUGGAAUCCAUGACGUGCAACUAGCAACUGUAACUUCCAAACCAUUUACAUCAACUUCCAGUAGUAUGCACAAAAUAAUGAAACCAAUUGGACCGACAAAUGUUAGAAGAGGUAUUAAUGCCUAAAACAGGUUGAAUUCAGAAGAUGGCUAGAGCCAUAGUAAUGCCUAAUGUUAGGCCCUUACUUGAACAAUCAACACUUUAGUCAGCUGCUUCUGUGUGUUUAUUGUUUUUGCCAAAUAGAGAACAAAAUUUUCACUUAUAAUAUUGUACGUCAUUACUCCAUAAUACAAUGUAGCGCCAUAGACAAUUACCAUAAAUAAAAACCACGAACAUGCCACUAUUACAUUUGGCAUUUCCUAAAUUAGUUUAAAAUUAUUUUAAAAAAGGAAGCAAGAAACUCGGAGGCACUAGUGCAGGACCGGGAGGGGUCUCUUGGUCUGGGGGCGGAGGUUGAAAAAAUCGGCACAAGUAGCUACCGAUUGUUUGCAAAAAAUUUUUUCCAAAAAUCCACAGGGGAGACCAUGUUCAACUUUUUUCCAAGUUUUUUUUCAGAGGGAGGAGAUUCCCUUCCCCCUCCCCUCUCCAGUGCCCGGCCCUGCACCAGAGGACAACAUGAGGAUGAGGUGGUUGCGACCGCUCGAAACUUUUUUGCUUAAUUUGACGGCAUAAGAGACUUUAUUUGAAAAACCCAAUAAAAAGUGGCAUUAAAAAUACAGAUAAAAAACUUACAGUCUUUAUUAUUAAAAUAUUAACUACGUUUUUAUUAAAACACAAAGACUUCUUUGAAUCGGAGGUGUGGCUUUCAUCCGUUUUUAUUAUGGAAAUUGUAGCCAAACAUAAUAUUAAACAUAAAGUAGAUAGUGUAACAUACGGCGCUACCCAGUGUUUAUGUUGUGGCCAGGCAUCCCUACUGAAAUCGUAUUGAAUUUGUUUUGCUACAAAAACUACUGAACAGUGGAAUUUGUGUAUAACAAACGUUUGUAGUAAGGUUUCUAACUUACUUCCUUAUAACAUUGUAUUGGUAGUAACUGCUGACUAAAAGCAUGGCCAUGAACAUAAACAUGUUGUACGUAAAAAAGGCUAUGUUUAUUAUGACUAAAUCAGGUUGAUUUUUCCCGAUUUGCACACCAAAUAUCAUGAAGCUCGAUUUUAUGUUUGCGGUCUGGAACAAUUAAGAAAAUUUUGUUUGCGUUGAUAGCGCAGUGGCUGUGGCGCCGCUCGCUAUUGGGAAGGACCUUGGUUCGACCCCGCGCACCGCCCCACCCAGGCGCCUUGAGGAAUGGGUAGUACUGAGUGCACGGGGAUUGGGCACAUCUAUACUUGGCCUACACGAAUAUAUGAUCAAACGCCAGAAGUCUUAUGGAGCACCUCACCCACAACACAGUGACGCGAGGGACAGUGAAAUACCUGGGGAGAGGCCCAAUUAUGGGAAACUUCAGACUCAAGGAUAG